UCUUUGUUUUCAUUCAACUGCAAUGAAAGCAGAUACUAUUAAUCACACUAGAGAUUCGCCUAUGUCCGGGUCAGCCAGGUCAGCCAAGCUGGUCUGAACCUUUAUUUUGAUCGUCAUACCAUUGAAGAGACCUCCAUAUGCUAGAGAGGCUGACCGCCGUGGUUCUUGGCUAAAUCCAAGUCAGACACCUCUCAAGUCACCGUCCACAUUAUCACCAACACACUACCUCUACACAGAGCGUGUCAUCCACUCCUUUCGCAGUCAAGUUUGCUAUUCCCUUAGCGUCGCAGUUUGUACAUAUCUAGGUCUCGUAACCUGCCAUGAUCACCCCACAAACCGUCCCUGUUGCUCGUGCGAUUCAUGAUCGCAUACGGUGUCAACCGGUUUCGAGCAGUACGACCCUAUGUGUUGGAGACAUCGUUACAAUCAUUGUUAUCAGUAUUGUCUUAAUUCUCGGACUCUUGUGCAUAUACUGGACAUGGCGAGUAGUUCACCGUCAUGCCGUCGCUGAUCAAGAACAAGCUUCAUCCAAUUGCGAUCCCUACAACGUGGUCUCGCCUUCGCUGGAUAACUCCGUUCUCGUGAGAAAGGGUAUCGUGCACGAACCGGACAAGCCGUUGCAAGCCAAGACAGCUGGGCCUGACGUCUUCUGGUCACCGCAGGCCCAACUGCCCGAACUCAAGUUUCACCUCGACCCCCUACCGGCCAUGGAAGAAAUGACAGAGAUGAGAAACAACUUUUCUAGUCGCCCAUUCUCUUGCCACUUUCCAUCGUCGCCCUCUCCCCGUUCCAGCUUGGUAUGUUUGGACCCGCCUCCGUUACAGUCGCAGUGCUUCGGAGGUACAGCACCCCUAACUACGCGGAGAGGCAGCCAGAAGCUCAACAGGUUACCAGAUAGUGUGUGUUCUGAAGGCGGUGGCGAAAUAUCGCUUGGCAAAGCGGCUCCAACUGUACCCGGUGACACUAUGACAGAUAGUUCCCAUUCGAGCAUGAAGUUCGCAUAAGAGUCCUGAGGUUGAACUUGUGGAUGACAGAGUACUCCCACUUUUGUGUUCGAAGCACCUGAUUGCAUCAUGAUUUGAGUCUUCCGCUAACAAGAGUGCAAUAUAUGGCAACAGGAGUUGAUGACAAAAUAGAUCGCAGUCGCAUGCUGCCACGCUAACUUAUGCGCGUAUACCUAAGCCAGGAUUUAAUGCGGCUAUAAAAGAUGAAUGCAUAUCCGAAAGAACCAUGCUAGGCUGGUGUAUAUAUAACACCCUCUUAGAGCUUCAAGCAAGAUGGAU